GCAGAUACCGGCAGGUCUGUCACAAAGCAAGAAGUGGCUCUAAGGUUUGUCAUUUUGGGGACAGUCUUGUGAACUUGUGAUCUAUGGACGGGGAAAAUAGCAGCGUGGAUUUCAGGCAUUCUGCAAGUGGUUUUUCUCCUGCUGAGAGGCACCAUGGUGAGUGUUGGUUUGGGUGUUGGGUGCUCACUGCUAACUUGGUUUGGGGGUUUCUUGUUUCAUUGUUUUCCCCAAGAAACACCAGGAAUGUUGGCUGAGUUAUGGGCUGAUCCUGGUCUGUAGUGGGGACAGGAGGAAGGAAGGGAUGGGGAAGAAGGAAGCCUGCAAGUGUCCGGAGGUGGCAUGGAUGUACAUCAAAAAUCAGCCCUCAUCGGGAAACCCGAUGUGAGGAAUUGGAAGUUGAAUCUGAAAUGGUGAUAAUGCAGCCUGGGUCUUGGUGGGAUGAGCUCUACACAGACCCACCAGCUGCCAAGCGCCAUCUGCUCUACCCUGGGAUCAUUUCACAAGGCAUGGGCUCUGUGAAGCUCCCACGCCAUGCUCUUGAGGACCUGCAGAGCCUCCACCACCUCCACAACAACACAUGCAGGGGGUGUCCUUCUCCCUCUGCCCAUCCACCCUCCAGCAGGAGCCCAGCCCAUGGGUGCCUGCUGCCAUCCCCUCCUUCCACCACCUCCUUCCCCACGGGGAACCACUGCAGCAACUGGUUAGGAUCCACAGACCCCCAGAACUGGGGGAAACACAGCAGCCAUCAACUUCUGAAGCGACGUUGCGCGGGAACCACGAUGGAAGAUCUGGUUUUAAACAAAUGGGGACUCUUCCAGCUCCCCCCAUCUGCCCACGCUGCCACCGGGUCUUCCUGAAAGCCACUGCUCUGGGGCUGCUGCUGCUGCUGCUGACUGCGCUGGGCGUGCAGGCGAUCCACCAGGGGCAGCAACCUGGAAGGACCACGGAGGAGCAGCUGCUGAGGGAAGCUGUAGGGAAGGAGCCUGGGAUGGGGGAUAGCACUGGAGGUUGUGGGGACGUAUGGGGGGGGAAUAUUGGGGAGGAGCAGCUGCUGAGGGAAGCUGUAGGGAAGGAGCCUGGGAUGGGGGAUAGCACUCGAGGCUGUGGGGACGUAUGGGGGGGGAAUAUUGGGGAGGAGCAGCUGCUGAGGGAAGCUGUAGGGAAGGAGCCUGGGAUGGGGGAUAGCACUGGAGGUUGUGGGGACGUAUGGGGGGGGAAUAUUGGGGAGGAGCAGCUGCUGAGGGAAGCUGUAGGGAAGGAGCCUGGGAUGGGGGAUAGCACUGGAGGUUGUGGGGACGUAUGGGGGGGGAAUAUUGGGGAGGAGCAGCUGCUGAGGGAAGCUGUAGGGAAGGAGCCUGGGAUGGGGGAUAGCACUCGAGGCUGUGGGGACGUAUGGGGGGGGAAUAUUGGGGAGCACAAUUUUGGGAGCACUCGACAGAUGUGUGGGGUGGGGAACAGAGGGUCUCCCUGGGGGUUCCCAAAGGGCUGCGGUGUCACUGAGGGAAAUGUGGCUUUUCCAGAUGUCUGCUAUGAGGAGAGGGGGGAGGACCUCAAAACUGGGGCAAAUGUAUUUAAAAAGGAGAUCCAUCGCUGCGGAGCACAAAGUAGGACCCACCCCACACAUUGCCCCAUAGAUUUGGUGACCCAUACUCACCUAUGGACCCCCCCAAAACCACGUCCCAUUGCUCACCUCACAAAGUUGGAGUCCCUUCAACCAACCACGACCCAUAGAUUUGGAGAUGCCACAAUCACCUGUGGAACUCCAAACGCUGCCCCACAGAUCCCCACCCCAUGGAUUUGGAGACCCACCACCAACCCUCACCCAUAGAUCUGAAGGCCUCACAACCCCAGUGCACACCCAGCUGAAACCCACAAUAAGUGUGCAACCCUCCAUUGCACACCUAGCUGCAUGCACACCAAGUUUGCAACAGCCCCAUUGCACACAGGCCUGCACGCACACCAAGUGUGCAACCCCCAUUGCACCCCCACGUGCACACACACCAAGUGUGCAUCACCCCCCAUUGCACCCCCACGUGCACACACACCAAGUGUGCAAACCCCAUUGCACACCCAGCUGCAACACACACCAACUCUGCAUCCCCAUCCUUGCAUGUGUGCAACACCUCCCAUUGCACACCCAGCUACAACACACACCAAGUCUGCAACCCCCCAUUGCACCCCCACAUGCACACACAAUAAGUGUGCAACCCCCCCCAUUGCACACCCAGCUGCAACUCACACCAACUCUGCAACCCCCCAUUGCACCCCCACGUGCACACACACCAACUGUGCAACCCCCCCAUUGCACACCCAGCUGCAACCCAAAACAAGUGUGCAACCCCCCAUUGCACCCCCACCUGCACACACACCACGCGUGCAACGCCCCCCAUCGUACCCCCAAAUACACACACAAAAAGCGUGCAACCCCCCAUUGAGCCCCCACAUGCACACACAAUAAGUGUGCAACCCCCCCCAUUGCACGCCCAGCUGCAACUCACACCAACUCUGCAACCCCCCAUUGCACCCCCACGUGCACACACACCAACUGUGCAACCCCCCCAUUGCACACCCAGCUGCAACCCAAAACAAGUGUGCAACCCCCCAUUGCACCCCCACCUGCACACACACCACGCGUGCAACGCCCCCCAUCGUACCCCCAAAUACACACACAAAAAGCGUGCAACCCCCCAUUGAGCCCCCACAUGCACACACAAUAAGUGUGCAACCCCCCCCAUUGCACGCCCAGCUGCAACUCACACCAACUCUGCAACCCCCCAUUGCACCCCCACGUGCACACACACCAACUGUGCAACCCCCCCAUUGCACACCCAGCUGCAACCCAAAACAAGUGUGCAACCCCCCAUUGCACCCCCACCUGCACACACACCACGCGUGCAACGCCCCCCAUCGUACCCCCAAAUACACACACAAAAAGCGUGCAACCCCCCAUUGAACCCCCACAUGCACACACAAUAAGUGUGCAACCCCCCCCAUUGCACGCCCAUAGCAGCACGGUGCGACAGAGCGUUCUCAGCCACCACACCCCAUAGGAGCCACAUGUGCUGUGCUUGGCAUCCCACGAGGAACACCAUGCAAAGCCACACACUGGCAGCAAUCUGGGGACAGCGUGUGACACACGAGGGGUGACAGCCUGUGUGGGGCACCCCAGUGAGGGCAGCGUGUGCCACUCCACAAGUGCCAUCCCAUUGUAGGCCACAUGGUGCCAAAACAUGAGGAUCACAACUUUCACAUAGGGAGGUGACAUAAUGGAAUCAUGUCCCAAGGGGAACAGACAGCGGUUCUCCAACCACUCCCUGUCCCCACUGCAGUCUCGCUGUCCCCACACUGCUCCUGCCUCAUGGCACCAAUGGCAGUGGCCCUCAUCCUGGGUGAGUGACAAUGGGGACGUGGUGCCACUGGGGUUGGUGGCCCUGUGUGGGACCAGGACCGUGUCCCUUGGAGGCUGGUGGCUGGUGACUGUGAGCUGGGCACAGCAAUGUGAGUAUGGGGACAGGGGGAGAAUGGGGAUGGAAAGAGGGGAGCGUGGUCAGGGGGAGAGCAGAGGGGCUGAGGAUGGCGUGCAGGGACAAGGCUGACUGCUGUC